AUGUCAGACGACGAGGGAGGUGAAGAGUACCUCUUCAAGAUCGUCAUCAUCGGAGACUCCGCCGUCGGAAAAUCCAACCUCCUCACCCGCUACGCACGCAACGAGUUCAACCCCAACUCAAAAGCCACCAUAGGCGUCGAGUUUCAGACGCAAAGCAUGGUCAUCGACAACAAAGAAGUCAAGGCUCAGAUUUGGGACACCGCCGGCCAAGAACGCUUCCGCGCCGUCACUUCCGCUUAUUACCGUGGCGCUGUAGGAGCACUUGUCGUCUACGACAUCACUCGCAGCUCCACGUUCGAGAACGUUGCUCGCUGGCUCGAUGAACUCAACACUCACUCUGAUACAGCAGUAGCGAAGAUGCUUAUUGGUAACAAGUGUGAUCUCGAGAGCAUUAGAGCGGUCAGUGUUGAGGAAGGUAAAGGUCUUGCGGAGUCUCAAGGUUUGUUUUUCAUGGAGACGUCUGCGCUUGAUUCGACCAAUGUGAAGAUGGCUUUUGAGAUGGUCAUUCGUGAGAUUUAUGGUAAUAUUAGUAGGAAGCAACUUAACUCUGAUUCUUACAAGGAGGAACUGACUGUGAAUCGGGUUAGUUUGGUCAAGAAUGAGAAUGAAGGGACAAAGAGAUUUUCUUGUUGUUCUAGUUAAUGUUUCUCUCUAACCGGUUUAUGUUGUGUCCUGAGUGUUAACUUAUAGAAAGAUGACAGACAUUGUUUUGGUUCUUAAUUAAAGUUAAAGUAAAAGGGAGAAAAAGUGUUUUGAGUUUAUUUGUUAUGGAGAUACAAAAGAAAUGUAAGAAAAUUUGGACAAAGAAGUUUUGUCAGUGUAUAAGUUAUGUUUUCA